AUGUAUGCCUGGACCCUUAUAUUAAGCAGUACCCAGACAUCCGCUAGUAUCGUCUCUUCAUCCCUUGUAUCUGCAGUUGAUGUUUCUUCUUCUCUGACCAUGUCAGGAAAUUUCCAAAAUACUCUUCCUGGAACUGCAAAUUCUCUGCAGCUCUCUCUUCCUGUGUUGAGCAAUGUGGCUUCCUUAACAGGAAGCAUCUCCUUCUCCAGAGCCUCUGCUCCAGCCAUCAGCUCAGCAUGGCUACAGCCAUCAGCCUCUGGCACCUCCUUCAGCCAAUCCCAUGGCAGUGCCUACCUUUAUCAACAUUCUACUUUAACUAUGUUGUCUGGGCUGACUGCCUCUUAUCCAGGCAAUUUUGAGUGGGAUAGUACAGCAAACACAGCAAAGAAGUCAUCCUCACUCAGGGACUUCACUGUGACUGUCGUCUGACCAGAAUACAGCUAUCUCUUCAUGUCUAUGACAGCCCAGUAUGAUAAAACUUCCAGAUACCAAUACUGCCAGUAUGAUAAAACUUCAGAUACCAAUACUGUGGUCCCUCUGUAUCCAUCACUAUCUGCCAGCCUUGUUCAGGGCACACUAACUCAAAUUCCAAAUCAGCAGGGCCAUAGCCUGUCACUUCCCUACCAGAUAGGAAGUCAGGUCUAUUACUAUAAUCAAGGCACACUGGGACCUCAACUAUCCUGCCUGCAAUCCUAUGGCUCUGUGUCAUACACAGGAUAUAGGGCUUCUGCCCAUCAACCAGAAAUGGUGAUGGUGCUAAAGGAGGUUCAGCCCACAAAUGUCCUACCACCAGUCUCUACUUCUGGGAUGUAUUACUCUGUGUCUACUCAACCCAUCACAGAAACCAGUGUUCAAGUGAUGGAAACUUCCCUGGGGAUGGAUACUUCCCUGGGAUUGCAAUCUCCAAGCCAGACAUUUUGUCUGCCACAAGCUCAAGAAUUCUCCAAGUCCUUCAGUAGCAGAAAUACCCAGAUACUUGAGAGUAACCCAUCACCUGAACUUGGGGACAUUUCAAUGAUAACUCCAAUCCAGAGUCCUACUAAUCUCUUGACACUGUCUCCAGCUCCAAGCCAGGAAAAAAAUGAGAAUGAGAAUUUGGAUGAGAUUAAAACCAACCUUUCAAAGCCUCUAGAUGUCUACCAGAUCCUAAUAGGAAAUCAAGAUCCUCCACUACUUCCUUUAGAAAUCCCUGAUAUUCACCCACUUCUGGCCUGCAUUGAUCCUCUUGGCCAAGAGGAGCAGCCUGGUUCUGAAAAUGCCGAUCUAAGAAAUAACAGCCUGAGUUUUGAGGACCAAGGGAUAUUUGAAACUGGGAUUGAGUCUAGCAGUGAUUUGGCAGACAUCACUACAUUGGUGGAGGAUACUCACCUCCCCCCAAUCUUCAGUUCCUUACAGGAUCUUGACCUACCCAAAAGUCCCUCAGCAAAGACAGCCAAAGAUACCAGUGCCAUCAAGGUAAAUCAGGUGCAGGAAAAGUCAUAUGUCAUAAAGGGUCACUCUGAUCAAGACAGGAAGAACAAGCAUAAAGCUUCCGAGCCUAUCCAGGGUGCUCCGAAGGCCAAAAUCCAGCCAAAGAACCCAGAGUGCCUAUUAGAGGGAGAAGUGGUUGUUUGCAGUGCUACAAUCAGUGACGGUGCUUCUGUAAACAAGGCCAAGCAUUCUAGCAACAAACCUCACAAAGCUGCAUCCAGCAGGGUCAGCAAAACGAAGAGCCAUGGGCAGGAAAAGACCAAAGGGAACAGAAAAAACAGCUCCAAGAAAUCUGAAGAGAGUAAGCAGUCAGGGAACAACAUCAAGGUAGAAGAGAAGCAAACCAUUCCCAAUAUGAAGCGGAAGAAAAAUCAACCUGAGCUUAGCCAAGAGAUCUUUAAAAAGCCCCGAAGCUCCCUGGGCAUGCACAUGCUGGAGUCCGUGCAAGUUUUCCAUGCACUCGGGAAAAAGAUCGAUAAGAAAACUGGAUUCUCUUCCUCCAGGACCCUGGGAAGCUCAAGCAACACCCAAAACCGCCAGCCAUUCCCAGCUCUCAAACCAUGGCUGGAUACCCAACGUGAGGGUAAAGGCCCGGAGAAAAUUCAAGUCAAGGCCCAGAAACUAGAUGGUAGUGCUGAAAAAGAGUGUCUAUCUCCAUCCCACUCUGAGUUGCCACCACCUGGGAAGGUCAAGUUGAUACCUUUGCCCUUUCUGGCCCUGGACAAACCUCAAGCUCGACCUGUUUCUCGGCGGCCAAACCCUCCGGCCUCACGUAGGCCUGCUGUGGCUUACCCUGCUCAACCUGAUUCUACCAACUCAGCUCAAUCGACUGCAGUCAAUCCAUCCCGACCAGCUCCUAGCAACACAUCUUUGCCAGGUCCUGCCACACCAGCUCAGUCAAUUUCGACCAAAGCAACCCAACCUGGUUCAGCCAACCCUACCCAGCCUACUGUCCCUCAAUCUGCAGUUUCUAGGCCAUCACUCUACAAAACAUCAUCUUGUACUUCUCUGCAUCGGGAGCCUGUUUCCACUGCUGUGACCAAUCUCCAGUCACUGCCCAAGCCUCAAAAUCAAUUUCUAAUCCAAGACUGCAGCUUCCAACCCAGUCCAUGGAGGAAACCCACUGUUCCUGAGCCAGUAAUGUCAACGCCUAUCACAGAAGAGCAGAGGCCAGAGCGUGAGGCCAUGAAGAGAAAGGCUCAACAAGAGCGUGAGAAUGCUGCCAAAUACACCUCUCUGGGGAAGGUGCAGUUUUUCAUUGAAAGGGAAAGAGAAAUGGAAAUUGCUGAAUACUAUGGCUACACAAUAUAAGAGCCAAGAUUGUUGGUUUUACUUUGGAUACCGCUGGUUUUCCACAUAUAUAGAUAGAUACUAAUUUAUUUAUCCUGAUAUAUUUUUAAAACAUAAUAAAGAAAUGUAAUAGAAUUAAUAGAUAAGUAAUAAAGAGGCCUUUUCA